UACUCCUACUAGAAGGAUUAAAAGCGCACAUCGACACAUCUAUUUGAUUCUCUCACAUGAUCGAUUCAGGAAAAACAAAAAAGAGAGAUUGACGAAAGGGGUUUGAAAAAUUGCGAUGGAUGAUGGAGCAGCCUCAUGGGAAGGACGGAAGGGUCGUCGUUCACGGCGUGUGCCUUCAUUAAAUCCAAAAUAUACUAACGGCACCGAUACUAGACGAAUACAUAAUUUUAGAGGAAAGCCUGCUCGGUUUGUUAAAGUUGGCUGCACUUACGAGUUGAAACCACUAAAUUGGUCCAAACGUGAUGAAUUCAGACAACGAGACUCUCGUACACUGCAUUUCCGCAAAAGAAUGAAGGUUCCAUCAGCCAAAUGUGACUCCCCUUACAAGUUGCGACCAUUGUCUGUGCCUGGUUUUUCAUCUUUUCAAUCCAAACAGCCGCACAACCCGAGAGUAUCCAGCUACUUAUUGUCAAGUGUGGGAGAUGAUGAUUUUGAUGAGGAAUCUGAAGCUAGUAGAAAAGAAUAUGCAACUAUUGCUUUACAAAAACGGAAUGCAUUUCACAAAGUAUCUUUUGAGCUCGUGGAAAUUGGGCCCCUAGCUUCAGGUUACAGUUCAGCGGCGUAUUUUGCAUUUAAACUUCAAGGCUAGAAACAAUGAUGAACCUGGUGCUUCGGUGCAGACCUUUUUCACUGAAAUGAUCAAAACUAACAGGAAUGUCGUCAGUCUUACGUGUGUCCGCUGCUUGGGGCCAAGCAGCUCAUUACCAGAGAAAGCCAAGAUUGUUGGCUGCUUAUAUUGUUCUUCUCACAAUAUUCAUCAUCCUGGUGAGAGCUUGUUGAAUGUUUAUCAUAAUGGUAGGGAAUAUUAUUGGACGACUUUGGAGUACCAAAUCAAUAAGCUAUACGAUUUCGUAUGGAAGAGUGAAGAGGAAGACUUCAUUCCUAGGUUCUCGCAUCCUGGACUCAAGUACUUUGGCAAGCACUAUCAAGAGACAGCAUCUCUACUUCCAACUGCUGCCUUAAGCCUGUUUAAUAGCGAGAAAAAGGACACAUACUUUGAGUUUGUGAAGCCUGGCUUCUCUGGAAGAUCAUAUACAUCGCUGGGUUGGCUUAUUCAUAUGAACUUUGAGGCUAAGAACAAGGAUGAUCCUGAUGCUCCAGUUCAGAUUUUCUUUGCUGAAUAUAUGUGUGGUUUCGAUUUUGUCUUUGCUGUCUUUUGUGAACGCUUAGGUCCAUCCGAUUCCCCUUUUCCAGAGGAAGCUAAACAAGGUUGCACUAUUUGUGGUUCUUGCUGUGUUCGUCAUCCUCUAGGUCCAGGGUACAUGAAUGGACGGGAAUAUUUGGAUUAUUAUGAUUGAUGCUACGAUAAAGCUUAAGUUGUAUGUGUGUAUAUGCUGAGCGGUUGAGACAAGAGUUAGCCUUUUUAGUUUCAUGCUUAAAUUCUGUUUUAGGUCAUUUUAACUCUAAAAUUUUAGGUUUCUAUAUGCCCUUUUUGCUUCUCCAUAUGGGGCUUAGGCUUGAGUAAUAAAUGUUUCUCCGUCUGUCAAGGUAAAAAGAGUAAUGUUAAUAUAUUAUAUGCUCUUUUGAUUGUGUUCUA